GAAAUAAGAACAGUUUCUUCUGUACAGGUCAUCACAGCAAAUCAGGCGAGAAUAUCUGGGCCAGUUGAUGGUGAUGGUGGAUUAAUCACCACUGGAGCAGCUGCAUGAUGCUCGGGCAAGUGAACGGGCUGGAGAUGCUGGUGUCCUUGGCGGCUGGCUGGUGGUUUUCCUAGAGAAGGCAGAGAAGAGCAGUUUUGACCCGGUCUGGACCCUGGUGGUGCAAGCAACAGCUUAGAACCCCUAAGAGUCUCUUCUAUCUCCUCCACCAAUAAGGAGCGUUAUCAUCAUUUCCUGUGCUGCCACACAGUUUCCAUGACAGAUGAGAAAGGCUAUAAAGAUGAGUCUCUCUGGUUUAGACGUAUUUUCAUGAUAUUUCAUCGUCAGGUUUGCUAGGUUGUGGGCCCACCACAUUCAUCUUGUAAAUUUGAAGUUUCUGCCACUUUCUGUGAAACCCCGUAGGAUGUUCCUGAUUCACUGUACGAUGGGAAGGACUGUGUUGGUAGUCCUCAGCGUCAUUGUGCCUGUGUGGAGUUCUAUAAAGGUGGUGCAACCCUACAGAGUAGUGAGCACCAACGGCACAGCACUGAUCCCCUGUGUCAUCCGUCCCCGAACUUCCUUCCCCCAGAUCCACCACAACCAACAUCUGGCAGAUUCCCCUUCCAACCUAGAAGAUCUGCAGGUGACUCUGCUGAGAGGCCUCCAUGGCAGCCAGAAAAUCUGCUCCUCCAUCCCCAACAUCUCAGAGCACCAGGAGACACAGCAGGAGAAAGAUGGAGACGUGAAGUGUGCAGUUCAGAUCAAAGAUGGCACUGUGGCGGUGGCACUGUCCAGACUGAAAGCCACAGACACAGAUAUCUAUCGCUGCCAGAUUCAGAUCUUCUACCCACCGCCCUACUUGCAGCUGACAGGCAACGGCACACUCCUUCAUGUCCUUGAGAGCUUACACUUUCCUGAUCAAGGGCCUCAGAGACAGCGAGGUGAAGAGGAGGAGGAGGAGGAAGAGAAGGAUAAUGAUGAGAUAAAAACACCAGUCAGUGUUACUGUGGUAGUUCUUGUGAUAGCAAUCCUCUGUGUCCUUGUCAUCAUCAUCACCUUCCAGACACUCCAGUGUAAUCAAGGGAGGAGGGAACCUGUCAGAAUGCCACCAAACAUUUUGCUUCACAAAGUGGAUGCCGUACCAUUUUCAAGUGGAACCAUGGCAUAGACAUUUUCCCAAAUGAUGGUGAUUUGGUCAUCUGUGCUUUUGUACUUGUUCAGUACAAAAAUAAUGUUUACAUUCUUGUAAACACACACAUUGUGUUAAAGAUGUGGCUUUGAUUCAGUUAAGUUUAUUUGACUGGAGUUGUUAAGGAACCUGUAUUGAGGUGAGUAAGCUAGGACCGCUAGUACUGUGUACAAACUGUUAAUCUGAUUAAAACCCUUUGGUUUAGGCUGCUUAGUUACAAAGCUCAGCAUCAUAAAGGCUUUUUUUUUUGCAAUUGGUUAUUACUGUAUAUGUUGUUAACAAAUCCAAAUGUAUACCUGUUCCAUACUGAAUUAAAUUGUGUUAAUUAAAGAUUCAAUUUUGUA